AUGGAAUCAUACCUAAAAAAGGAGGGGCUGUUAGAUGCAGCCCAUCACAAUAAUUGGUUUAAAUGGGCAGAAUAUACCGCAGAGGGAGUAGGAAUGUCUAGCUGUGUGCUUUGUUCCCAAUCCCCUCUUAAAAAACUUGUAGUUGUACCAAGCCCAUAUGAUUAUAUGCACUGUGGUAGAUUUUACUCCCAGUACUGUGAAGAUAUCACUGGAAAAGUGUAUCCUUAUUGCCCAGCAGAAUGUUUGACUAUGCUUGGGAACAAACAUUUCCACCAAUUUUACAGACAGAAAGGGUGGGGGGAUGAGUGUCAACGAAUGGACAUAAGAAUUGAUGUUAGGAAAAGAGAAACCCCAGUAGCCUAUGUAAUUGAUCGCACGUUGAACUUUGAGUGCUUCAACAAAUCAAAAGGGAAAAAUGACAUGGGAGAAUUCAAAGGGAAUUGUGUGGUGAUUUGGCAUUUAGAUAAAGAUAUGUAUUAUGACUCAAGAGUGCUUAAAUCAUUCAGUCUGAUUUAUGCUACAGCCACUGUAAAGACAAACAUGACAGUCAUAAAGGUUAAAGAUAAUUGUACAGAAGCUACCAUUAGCUUUCCCCUAAUUAGCACCAUGGAAGACCAAUUAGAAGCAGUGGCAGAUUACUAUUGGGUGUGUGGAGGAAAAAGAUUACGAGCCAUACUUCCAAAAGACUGGAAAGGCAUUUGUACUAGAGUAAGAUUGUUACAGGGAAUAACAAUAAUUGAAGAAGACAUAGAUGAUGUGGAAUACCCCCGACCAAACAGAAACAGAGUAAAAAGAGCUUAUGAAUUAGACCCAGAUGUGUAUUUAGACUCAAUAGGCCAACGUAGGGGAAUACCAGAGGAAUUUAAAGCUAGAAAUGAGAUAAAGUCUGGUUUUGAGUCUAUAUUUAUAUGGAUAACCCCAAAUAAGAACUUAGAAUGGAUCAAUUAUAUUUAAUAUAAUCAACAGAGAUUCAUUAAUUACACUGAUGAUGCCUUUAGAUGCUCUAGGAAAACAAUUGGGCCCCACAAGUAAAAUGACCUGGCAAAACAGACAAGCUCUGAAUUGGCUCUUGGCCGAGAAAGGAGGAGUUUGUGUAAUGCUUGGUUCUGACUGUUGUACAUAUAUCCCAAAUAAUACAGCUCGAGAUGGAUCAUUCACCAAAGCAAUGGAGAAACUGAAAAACUUGACAGAAGAAGUGACCAAGAACGCUGGAGCAGAUAAGCAUAUUGGGGAUUGGUUUAAUUCACUUUUUGGGGCUUGGGGACAAUGGUUAACCCAAGUGGGCAUCAUAAUAGCUAUUGCUGUUGUUGUGUUUUUUGUGUUUUUCUGUUGUAUUGUGCCUUUCAUCAGGUCCAUACUGGCCAGUGCUGCAGCCAAACAGGUGAUUAACGUGCCAGUAAGACCAACAGGAAUUGACAUUGGGUACACUAAUGUACCUACGGUGGGACCUGGACUGGAUGAACUGGAUGAUUUUGACCUGGAUGACUUUGUGUAAAACCUUCCUGAAAAACAACGGAGUGAUUUGUUUCUUUAAACACUGGGAAACAUCACUAAGAAAGUAUGAAGGAAAGAGAGGAUCGACGAGCACCUCAGUGCUUAGCAGCAUGAGUAGAUUCAACUGGAGGUUUAAAAACCCACCAUCUACUCCAACACCAGAUAGUGCUGGAGGGCAAUGAGACUUGCCUGAGAGCUCCUCUGGCAACGAAGGAAAGCAUCACCAGAUAGCGCUUCAGGCUACCGGAAAUGCCUGGAGUUCCUCUGGCCUCGUGGGAUGAACCAGUGAACCAUUUAUUAUGUCAUUUUUGAUUUUUGAUCAAUUUAAUUAUUUGACUAAUCAUUCAUAUACUCUACAUAACCAUGGCAACCAUGAGCAAGGCUAAGAUAUCUCAUGCACAUGCUUUAAUACAUAUUGUUGAUUUGACUGAUUGUUCAUUGACCCCCAAGAGUGUAUAGGUGGGGAAGCAGAUUAUUUUACUCUUCUCUAGUCAAUUGUGAGGAGAGAUGUUUGGGUCUGACUUCCUCUGAAGUGAAACAUCAUGAAGAAACCAAUUGUUAAGCGGUAAUGAAGGACCAUUAUUGGUUGACAGAUGGAUAGACGGAUGGGUGGAUUUAUGGUGUUGCACUAUGGGCAAAUAGAUUAAGUGGUGAGACUUAAUAAAGUCUCAGAGGGGGGAAUAUAUUGUGUAAUUUUACUUAUAUUUACUCUAUAUUAUGAUAUUUACUGAAUAUGGUAUUAUCUUACUUAAAAUAUGAUGUAUGAUCAUGAAAGCAAUUCAUAUACUGACUAAUAUGCUGAAUUAUUCCAAUACUAGAUGUCUUAAUACAGAUUGUGAAGAAGCCAUCCAUUGUGCAGUACUGGUGUGGGAACAGAACCAUAAGGGGAACAUUUUCAAGGUUGAAAGUAAUACAAAACAACACCACUGUUUCGUGAGAAAGCACAGAGAGAGUCUAUCCCAUAGACUUUUGAAUACUGGUGUUUUUCCAUUUUCGUGUAAACUAAUUAAAUGUUGCAGAUUUGAUGUAA